GGAGUAGCCACAGACACUUCCCCGCCUGUCACCCCCUCCUUCCAGAGGCUGUUAGAACUGUUAUGGACGGUGCCAGGCCCCGCCCCCGACCCCACCCCCGCCCCCUCAUUGGCAGCUCCAGGUUGCCGCGGGCGACAGCAGAGGAACACUUUGGCGAGGUGGGCCCUGAACCUGUGGGUGAAGGCGUACAGGAUGGGGUUGAGGCAGCAGUGGCAGUAGGCCAGGACGCGGGUGCAGGCCAGCGCCAGGUCCAUCCGCACCCGGGAGUCACAGUCCAUGCCCCCCGUCCCGUACACGGCCUCCAGCACCAGCAGCGCGUUGUAGGGGCCCCAGCAGACGAAGAAGGCCGCCACGAUGCACAGCACCAUGGUCACCGUCCGGUGCCGGGCGUAGCAGUACGCCACCACGGCCAGCGGCAGCAGGAACAGCAGGCCCACCUGCAGGAGUGCCCUGUAGAAGCGCUUUGGCUGCGUGUCGAUGCCAGAGACUGUAAACAACUCGCUCUACCAGCUCUGAACAGCAUAUGGCGGUGUGGUACAGACAGACGUGCGGAUUGUGGCUUCGGAAACUCUGCCUCAGCCUGGACUCAGCACAGCUCGAUGAACAGUUGCACCCACAGCACAUCACUGACGGGAGGUGGAACCUCGCUGGACACUGUGCUGAGUGCAGAAGCUCUGUGACCCCGAGCAGCACAAUGGCAACCAGGUCCGUCGGAGAGAGCCAGCUGCAGAGAAUCAUCAGAGACCUGCAUGAUGCAGUGUCAGAGCUAAGUGCAGAGCACAGAGAGAGUGGGGAGCCAGUGACAGAUGACAGCUCCAGCCUGCACAAGUUCUGCUACAAACUGGAGUACCUGCUGCAGUUUGACCAGAAGGAAAAGAGCACGCUGCUGGGCACCCGGAAGGACUACUGGGACUACUUCUGCGACUGCCUGUCCAAGACAAAGGGAGCUAACGACGGGAUCCGCUUCGUCAAGUCCAUCGCAGAGCUAAAGACAUCGCUGGGGAAGGGCAGGGCCUUCAUUCGAUACUGUCUGGUACACCAGCGGCUGGCUGACACACUCCAGCAGUGCCUUAUGAACCAGGGAGUCACCAGUGAUUGGUACUACAUGCGCAGUCCUUUCCUGAAGUCCCACCUGAACGUGGAGGUUGUGAACCGCCUGUACGAGCUCAACGAGGUCCAGUUUGACGUGGCGUCCAGGGGUCACGACCUCGACUCCGCCUGGCCGACGUUUGCCAGGAGAAGUCUGGCAGUGGGCAACUCUCCGCCGUCUCCAUGGAAACCGCCCAGCCGGUGUUCCAGUAUCGGCAGCCUGGCCGGUCCCUUCUCCCCGGCCAUGGAGUCGUUCUCUGGCCCUGAUGAUGGCAGCAGUCUGCCGGGACUCCUGAACGAGCCGACCAGGGGCAACGUGGCCGACGACCUCCGCCUGGAGCUCGACCAAUCAGAGCUGAAGCAGAGGGAGCUACGUGCAGAGCUCGACCAAUCAGAGCUGAAGCAGAGGGAGCUAUGUGCAGAGCUCGACCAAUCAGAGAAGAAGCGGCAGGAACUGCACAUGGAGCUCAACCAGUCAGAGAAGACGCGGCAGGAGCUAUGCGUGGAGCUCGACCAAUCAAAGAAAAAGCUGCGGGAGCUACACACCAAGCUCAGCCAAUCAGAGCAGAAGCAGCAGAAGCUGUGCGCAGAGCUCGACCAAUCAGAGCAGAAACAGCAGGAGCUGCGUGCAGAGCUCGACCAAUCAGAGCAGAGGCAGCAGGAGCUGCGUGCAGAGCUCGACCAAUCAGAGCAGAGGCAGCAGGAGUUGCGUGCAGAGCUCGACCAAUCAGAGCAGAAGCAGCAGGAGCUGCGUGCAGAGCUCGACCAAUCAGAGCAGAAGCAGCAGGAGCUGCGUGCAGAGCUCGGCCAAUCAGAGCAGAAGCAGCAGGAGCUGCGCACAGAGCUCGACCAAUCAGAGCAGAAGCAGCAGGAGCUGUGCGUGAGGCUGCGGGAGGCCAUGGAGGCCCAGGAGGAGGCCGGAGCCCGGCUGGAGGUGGAGGAGACGCAGAGAGAGGUGCUCCGGGCGCUGGGGGAGCAGCAGCAGUCCCAGCUGGAUCAGCUGGACCGAGCCGAGGAGAAGGCGCUGGAGGAGGAGCAGGAGGAGGUGCAGGAGGAGCAGCGGGAGGUCUCUGCCUCCCAGGAGGUCACCAUGCUUGAGGAGCUGCCCCAGGCUGACGCGGCGGUGGCAGAGCUGGGCGUGGCCCCCUGCGCCCUGACGUCCGAGCGGGAGGCCGCGGCGCGCAGACUGGCGGAGCUGGAGGCGGAGAACGCUGCGCUGAGGGCGGAGCUACGGGCUCGGGAGGAGGAGCUACGGCAGGCCGAGGAGAAGCUUCCGGAAGCCGAGAGGGACCUCCAGACCCAGGAGGAGGCCGACGCCCAGAUGAGCAACCAGACCGUGAGCCACCAGAAGCAGCUGCAGGCAGCAGAUAGCCUUCACUUACAGCUGCUGGAAGAGAAAGACCAUCGCAUUGCAGAGUGUGAGAAGGAACUGCAGGUGCUCAGAGAUACUCUAACCAGGACAGAGCAGGAGCUGGCGGAGUGCAGGAGCAGCUGUGUGUCUCUCAGGGUCUCUCUGGACCGGGCCGGCGAGGAGCGGCAGAGCAGCCUUCUGAGGACCUCGGCCGAGAUCGACGACCUGAACAGAACCAAGAACAACCUGGAGGAGAGACUGGUGCAGCUCAUCCAGGAUAAGGAUGCGCUGUGGCAGAAGCUGCACGCUCUGGAGCCUGCUCAGAAGCCGCUCUCGGAGGGGGCCGUGCAGCGCGAGGCGGGGGUCUGCUCCGGCUGCCGCAGCCCGUUCAGCUGGAGGCUACGGCAGCACCAGUGCCGGCUGUGCGGCCGCCCGUUCUGCUCCUCCUGCAGUAACAACACGGCGGCGAGGCCUCAGGGUGGCGGGAAAGUGCGCUGCUGCCGGGACUGCUACACGCAGCGCACUGCCGGCACAGAGCGCCCCCUGCUGCCCGAAACGCCCGACACACCCACCAAUCCAGGGGUCGAUGACGUUGUGUUUGACAUCAUCACAGAGGACGAGGUGAAGACGAUCAAGGACAGCGACCUGCCCGGGGCAGAGGGCGAAGAGGGACAGCAGGGUACACUGGAGAGAAGCCCCAGCACCAGCGCCAGCACACCUGAGGACCCAGAGGAGCGGAUUCCCACCAUACAGGAUGCUGAGAUUUACCUGCUGAAAUCAGGAGAGCGCACGCUGAGCUCCUCCCUCUCCCUGGAGGAGGUGAUGCAGUUUGGCGACAGCUCUCGCGAGCUCUUCAUCAAGUCCAGCGGCUACAGCCUGGUCUCCGUGGAGGUGGCUGAGGCCGGCCCCACCAUCGGCUGGCUGUUCUCCUCCGAGCCCAAGAGCGUCUCCUUCGGCGUGGUCUACAGGGAGGGACCCCACACCCCACUGGAGGAGGCUAAGGUUCUGGUCCCUCUGACUCGCUGCAACUCACACAAGGAGACGAUCAGUGGUCAUCUGAUGGUGAAGAACCCCGGGACCUACAUGCUGAUCUUCGACAACACCUUCUCCAGGUUCACCUCUAAGAAAGUUCUGUACCGCCUGACUGUCGUUCAGCGCGUGGUCUUCGACGGAAGUGAUUUUCCCUGAGCGGUGGGGGGUCCUCAACUCCCCUCCUGCCUGUCGCGCCCCACCCCCCCCCCCCCCCCAUUCCCCUCCUACCCUACAUGUGCCAAACCAUCUUGUGUUCUAACUGCAAAUUUUCUCCAGCUGUGGAAUGGAGAAAUGGUAAAUGCGCUGUUGCCACGGAGAUGAGAAACCAGAGGCUCUUUCCAGUCACGUAUUCUUUACCUCCUUGCAUCUUUUCCUCGCUCUCUUAGCUCUACCCGACGGUGGAGUCGCGGACUGGAGUAUUAUAUAAGGGCACAUCCUUGUUCAGCCAGGCGUCAGUUUGAAGCCACGUCAGUUACAGAUGUGACAGAUGGGGAGAGGUGGAGCUGCGGGUCGAUCAUUAUUCGUCAGGCAUUAUGAAGAAAAAUACUUACGCAAAGGAUGCAUUCGUGUUUCCUUGCUCAAGCGUCCUUCGGGAGCCUCCUACCUCCUCACUCUUUCAAGGGCAUUUAACGGGCUGUCUUUAAAGAUGGCGGACCAUGAUCAAUAUCUGGGUCAGUCAAGGACCUAGGAGACAAGGAUGUGUAAAAUAGGCAUUUGGAAAGAGCCCCUGGUUUUUCCUGCACUCCACAGCAGCGGGGUCCCACCUUAUUUGGAGUUUGCACCCCAUGGGCUAAGGGGCUCCUGCCUGUGGAAUGUCCACAGUGUACAGGUGAGAUUUUCAUCAGUUUGCAGAAAAACCAAAAAAAAAUACUUAGGCUUAUGGGUCACGUGCACGCUCAUGGGUCACAUGCGCACCCAUGGGUCAUGGACAACUGCAAAACACAGGUUCAGUAAGAUACAAUACUUAUUUCGUACAGCUGUUUGUAGCCAAGAACAGUUUAGUUCACACAGUGAACACUAUUCGUCACGUGCACGCUCAUGGGUCACAUGCAUGUUUGUGGGUCACGUGCAUGCUCAUGGGUCACAUGCAUGUUCGUGGGCCACAUGCACGCUCAUGGGUCACAUGCAUGUUUGUGGGUCACGUGCAUGCUCAUGGGUCACAUGCAUGUUUGUGGGUCACGUGCACGCUCAUGGGUCACAUGCAUGUUCGUGGGUCACGUGCACGCUCAUGGGUCACAGUGCCUCAGCACCUGUAUGCUCGUGCCUGUGAUGACAUCACCAAGCCAGCAGCCAAUUAAAGCCAGGGAACUGCACAAUGGCUAAAAUUUUGACUCUCUCUCUUUAAAAAUGCCAAACUUGCCAUUCCCAUUUUCUAUAGCUACAGCCAGGUACCUUUCAGUCAGUCAAAGAGCACUUCAGCUGUGAAAUUUACUGUUUAUUUUUGGUUUGGUCAAAAUCUAAAUAUAAAUCACUCUACGGAUCUAGUGAACACUUUUCUGUCAGUAAGUCUGUCAUAAGAAUUACCUCUUGAGCUCCACUACAUAUCAUGUGGGUUUUGCCGAAGUUCUGUUCUUCUCUUUGAGUUCUGUUGUUAUUACCUUGCGCAUUUUUUGCUUUUCUCAUUGGCUGUGGCAGAUUAACUGUGAAUGAAACGUAAUUCUAUGACAUCAGUUGGUUUGUUUACCUCUACAUUGUCUGACAUGUCUGUUUGACCUCAGGCUCAGUUAGUCUCACUGGAGGAUUAUACAGAUGUUGCAUAAUGGAUGCAUUUAAAUUCAAGUUAAAAAAUAACAAUAAUCAGUACAGAUCUAAUAUCUUAAUCGCAUGAUGGUGCAGUGUGGUGCCCUCAACCCAUAAGCCCUAGUGCAGUGACUGAAGUCAACCCUAAUAAGAGAGCAUAACAAAAAGACUUAGGG